AUGUUCCAAUCGAAGCGAAACUGGAUAGUGAAGCUUGUUGAUUUUGGCAGUGCACAGUUCCUAAAGGAAUCAGUGAAACCAGUUGAAUUGGAUACUGCAUGGGCGGCUCCAGAACUUCACAUCAAAGAGACGCCUGUUACUGUUCAAAGUGACGUAUGGGGCCUUGGAGUGAUCACUUUCUGCCUACUGGCUGGAUUCCAUCCAUUCACAUCCGAGUACGAUCGACCAGAAGAAAUCAAGGAGAAUGUAAUGAACGUGAAAUGCGAUCCGAAUUUGAUUCCCGUUAACGCCAGUCAAGAAGCUCUCAGCUUCGUUACUUGGGCGUUGAAAAAGAACCCACUACGACAGAGAUGCGAACGGAACCUGAGGCGUCUGUCGCAUCCGUUUCCCUCGUCUUCCGAUCCUCAAAUGGUGCGACGACGGGAAUCAAUCAAAUAUGCUGCAUCUCGUCUCCGCAAAACUGCACUCCUCACGAAGCAGUCUCAGGAACGGCCUAUUAGCACCGAACUAGAGUUGAAAUACGGAGGAAAACUGAUACAGUAA